AUGGGCAGCCUCAAUCUUAGCGCUUGGGAUAACGAGCUACAAGAUGGGAAUUCCAAAUUGGAUACCAGUUUAAAGAAAAACAAUGCCUUCAUCAAGAAGCUUAAGACUUCGAUCAAUAAGGAUAACCAAGAUUCGGUGUUGAAAGAUAUCAAGACAUUAUCAUUGACCAAAUAUUUAUCAGAAAUUAUCAUUUCUUCUCAAGAAGGUUUAUUGAAAUGUACUAAAUCCAUUGAUGUUCCUAGUGCAAUUGAGAUUAUUAGUGCCUUGCAUCAAAGAUUUAAUAAAGAAUUUACUCCUCAUUUAUUUGGGUGGAUGUUUCUUCAAAUUCAAGUUCCUAAAACUGAAUUGGAUGAGAAAGAUGAAAAGGAGCGUAUUUCCAAAGUCAAAUUAAUCAUUAGAUUCCUUGUUGAAUUUGAAUCUGUUGGUCUUUUCAAUGGUUUUAAAAAUGUUGAACCAUUACCGCAAUUUAUGUCACAAAGAGCUGCAAGAAAUGAAGGUUUAAUACCAGCUGUUUUGAAGGAAUCAUUAUCUUACAAGAUGAAAGUUGGAUUAACUGUAUCAAUUGCAACAACUUUUAUCAAAAGAUUCCCUAAAUUACUAGAAACAAAUGAAGAAUUACAUAUUUUAUUGAAUUCUUAUUCAGAAAUAAUCAUUAGUCGUACUAAGGAUUUACAUAAUAUUGUUAAGAAUUUGAAAACAAAAAAUCAUAAGGCACAAGUUAGAACUGGUAGAAUUGUGGAAGAAAUUGAAGCUGAUCUUUCCAAAGCCAUUGAAUUAUUUGAAAGAUUCAAAACUGCAACUGAUAUCUUAUGUCCAUUUUUCGAAAUUGAACCCCCAUCUUUCACAGAUGAUGAUAAUAACGAUAAAUCAAAUGAAAAUGAAUCAGUGAUUGUUAAUAAAGAUUCUGGUAUUUGGGCGAAUGAAGAAGAUCGUAAAUUUUAUCAAGUUUUACCAGAAAUUCCAUCUGAAGUUAUUGAUUCAGCUUUAAAUUCAAGUAAUGAUUCUUCAAAAGCCAAUGAAAUGAAUGAAUUCUUGGUUCAUCUUGAAACUGCUUCAAAUUUGAAAGAUAUUGAUGAUGCGACAUUAGAAUUUUGGAAUCAAGGAUUAAUUGGUAAAGCAUCGAAAAACAGAUUAUUAAAACAUUUCACCACAACAAAAGAUAUAGGUAGAGUUAGAGUCUAUGCUAGAUUUUUGAAAAGUUCAGAUCCUCACUUAGGGAAUUUGAAAGAUGAAUUAUUAGAAUAUUUAGAUCGUGGGUUCAGAUCACAAAUUUAUCAUAAUGGUUUAAAUUUUAAGAAUAUAAUGUUUUUCUGUGAAAUGAUUAAAUUUGGUUUAGUCCCAGAACAUGUUAUUUUCCAUAAAAUUAGAAGUUUAAUUUUAAAUUUAACCACUCCAAAUAAUAUUGAAAUCCUUAGUAUUUUUUUCGAAAUUAGUGGGAAAUAUUUAUUAUCUGAACAUAAUAAAUUAAUGGAAGAAAUGUUGGAUCUUUUACAAGCCAAAAGGAAAAAUGAUAAAUUAACAAUAAAUAACAAAAUGGCAAUUUCAAAUUUAUUUUUAGUUUUGAAACCACCAAGUAUUAAAUCAAUUCAAAAUAAAUCUAAAGUUUUAAAACCUGAACAAGCUUUCCUUAAAACUUUGGUUAGAAGUGAAUUAAAACAUGGCACUUUAAAACAAGUAUCAUCAAUUAUAAGAUCUGCAGAUUUAAAUGAUUCAGAUAUCAUGGAUACAAUGAGCUCAUUAUUUACAAAACCUGAAAAGAUCAAUUAUGAAAAUAUAACUUUAUUAUCAGAUAUUUUGAAGAAUUUAAGAAGAGAUUUCAAAAUUCAUGUUGUUGAUACCAUAUUAGAAGGAAUUAUUAGAGGUUUAGAGAUUAAUGAUUAUAGAUAUAAUAGAAUUAGAAUGGCUCAUGUUAAAUAUAUUUCUGAAAUUUGUGAAAGAAAAAUUAUAAAUGUUUCAUUAAUUCAUGAUUUAUUAUAUAAAAUUUUAACAUUUGGUCAUGCUUUUAAUAAUCCAAUGCCAGGAAGAGAAUCUGAAUUAGAUCCAUUAGAUGAUUAUUUUAGAAUUCAUUUAGUUUGUUCAAUUUUACAAAAUUUUACAUUAAGAAGUAAAAAAUUUGAAGAUAAAUUUCAAUUAUUUUUAACAUAUUUUGAUUAUUAUAUCUUUUUGAAAGAUUCUCCAUUACCAAAAGAUUGUGAAUUUAAAGUUGUUAAUGCAUUUGAAAAAUAUAAAUUUAAAAGAUCUUCAGAUUUGAAAACUGCUAUUGAAACUUUAAAUGAAAUAGUUAAAUCAAAAGGUAUUGCACCUGGUACAUCUGGUGAUGAUGAUGAAGAUGAUGAAGAAGACGAAGAUGAAGAGGAUGAAAAUGAUGAAGAUGACGAUGAUGACGACGAUGAAGAUGAUGAUGAUGAAGAAGAUGAAGAUGAAGAUGGUCCAAUUGAUGAUGAAUUAAAGAAUAGAAAUACAUUAAACAUUGAUGGACAAACUACUGGUGAUGAAGAAGAUGAUGAAAAUAUCAAAUUAAGUUAUGAAAUGUAUGAACGUAAAUUACAAGAAGAAGAAGAACGUAAGAUUGAAGAAGCAUUAGAAAGAGAAUUUAAAAAGAUGGUUUUUGAUAGUAUGAGUUCACAUAAAAUUGAUAAAACUACAUUGGAAUUACCACAAAAUAUUAAAUCAAAUAGAACUGAAGAUUUUUUCGAAUCAAAUGAAAAUAAUUCAAAACCAAAUAAUUCUUCAGGUAAGAUUCCAUUUACAUUAGUUACCAAGAAGGGUAAAUCAAUAGCUACAAAGAAUUUUGAAUUACCAUCAAAUGUUAAAUUUGCAAAUAAUGUUGUUGAAGAAGAAAAAAGAAGAAGAUCACAAAAAGAACAAAUUAAUAAAUAUAUUUUACAAAGUAAAUUUGAUGAUGAAAAUGAAUAG